AUGAAGCGGCACCAGAAAAUCGUGGACUACUUCGAACAAGAAUACGGCCAACUGGGCUCAGUGCUCGCUGGCUGGCAGGCCUUCAGUCGAGAUGUUGGCGUUCCAGAGGGCAAGUCGAUCACGCAGUGCAAGAAGUUCUUGAAGGCGGUCAACGUGAACAUUGUCGACUUUGUGGCAGCGAAGAAGAACGGCACGGCAGUAUACCAAUUCAAGUCCCGCGCGGCACUGGCGGAAUACAUUCGAGGCAAUCGUAACAAGCGGUUCCCACUUGGAAAGGCCAAGGAGGACUCGUUCUUGAAGUCGCUGCUGAUUCACCUCGUUUGA